CUAGCCUAGCUAACAGUGUCGGUGUCGGUUAGCCCGUUGUUGUUGUUGUUAAUAAUAAUUUGCUCUUUAUUUGAUUUAUUUUGUUUAUUAUUUUAUAUUUAAUAUCCAUUAUUUCAUAUCAGGAUCGUGCUGAGCGGCGCAGUAGAACCUGCAACAAUGAAAUGGAUGUUUAAAGAAGAUCAUUCUCUCGAGCACCGGUGUGUGGAGUCGGCCAAGAUCCGGAACAAAUACCCCGACAGGGUUCCAGUGAUCGUAGAGAAGGUGUCGGGCUCUCAGAUCGUGGACAUCGAUAAGAGGAAGUACCUGGUACCAUCUGACAUCACGGUGGCUCAGUUCAUGUGGAUCAUCAGGAAACGCAUCCAGCUCCCGUCGGAGAAGGCCAUCUUCCUGUUCGUGGAUAAAACCGUCCCUCAGUCCAGUCUGACUAUGGGGCAGCUAUAUGAGAAGGAGAAGGACGAGGACGGCUUCCUGUACGUGGCCUACAGCGGAGAGAACACCUUCGGCUCCUAAAUCCAUCAUAAACCACACCCACCAAAUAUCACCGACUCCGCCCACAUCAUGUACACGCCCCACCUUUUCUUCUGCUGAGUGUGUGUGUGUGUGUGUGUGUGUGUGUGUGUGUGUUAAUAUGUAAGUUUGUGUAUCUGUGUUGUCGUGUCACUCCUGUAGUGUUAGCAUUAGCAUUAUAGCAUCGUAUUUAGUUAGCACGUGGAUGUUAGCGGUGCUGCAGUGAUCAUACACAGUAACUUUAUAAUUAUAUUAUAUUAUUAUUAUUAAUAUAUUAUUAAUAUUAUAUUAUCGACACAAAUGAAUUUUAAAGUUUGAUUUGAUUUCCUGUAUAAAUUUAUCUGUAUAUUUAAGAAUGAUGUGAACGGUGAGGUAGCUGGAUGACCGAACCAAUAAAAACACCUAAACACA